CUCAAAGUCAUCACACAGCAACUAGCUGAAUCAAUUGAUCCAGAAGUCCAGUAACCAGAGUACUAUUUGCAAAAUGAGUUUCAAGUCUCUAGUUUCUACAAAAUGGCUUUCCGACUGCAUCUCAAAAACUCCCUCCAAACUCAGAAUACUAGAUUCAUCUUAUUAUCUACCAAAAGCCAAGAGAGAUGCUUAUGAAGAAUUUAAACAGAAACAUAUUCCUGGUGCUCAGUUUUUCAGCAUUUCAGACUGCUGUGACAAUACUUCAAAAUAUGAGCAUAUGUUACCAAAACCACAGGAGUUUGCAGCAUAUGUGGGUAAACUAGGAAUAAGCAAUGACACACAUGUCAUUGUUUAUGAUGCUUCAGACAGUUAUGGUUUUUUCUCAGCACCAAGAGCUUGGUGGAUGUUUCAUGUCUUCGGACACCAAAAAGUUUCAGUUUUAAAUGGAGGCUUUAAGAAAUGGUGUGAAGAUGGAUUUCCAACAACUAACAUAAUAGAAAAUGUGAAGUCAGAAACCUUUAAUCCAAUGUUUAACUCAGAUAUAGUGAAGAGUUUUGAAGAUGUUGAAAAUAAUCUAAACUCAAAGAUUUUCCAAGUCAUUGAUGCUAGGAGUGCUGAUAGAUUUCAUGGAACAGGCCCAGAACCAAGACCUGGGAUUAAACCAGGGCACAUUCCUCUUGCCAAAAAUAUUCCUUAUGGAGAAGUUGUGGAUAAGAAUGCAGGGACCAUGAAAUCUCCUGAAGAGCUAGAGGAAAUGUUUGUGAAGACUGCAAUAGACCUGAAUCAACCUAUUGUGGCUUCAUGUGGCUCAGGUGUGUCUGCUUGUGUUCUGUCAUUUGCAGCAUCCACCCUGGGAAAGACUGUACCUGUAUAUGAUGGAGCAUGGGUAGAAUGGUACCUCAGGUCAAAACCAGACCAAAGAGUCGAAUGCCCAGAGGACAGUUAACUAAAACUUAUGAAGGUCUUUAAGACCAGGAUGGCUCUUGUCUGAGUUUUUUUUGUUGAA